AUGAUCCAGUACAGAAACCAGCUGGAAACUAUGGGACGGUUCCAGUCCAUCCAGAAGCAGCUCCAGAGAGUACCCUGGAUGAUAAGACAUGUCUUUACUCUUGUUAUUACUGAAAAGGUGUUUGAAGCCAAACUGCUUGCAGUUAGCCAGUCCUUCCUCCUCUAUGUGUGCACAAAGUUGGGGAAAAAUCACUGGGAGAUUUUAUUGGAAAUCACUGAGCGCAUCACCGAACAUAUCCAAGCCAGCCACACACAAGGGGCAGUAACAGAGUGCCUGGAUCUUCUCCAAAGCCUAUGGGAAUGGUGCAUAAGAACUGCCACCAAAGAGAAGAAGCCUUUGGUAAUGACCAUCCUCAAUCAUUUCUUCCAAAAGUUGCUUUACCACCCACUGAGUGAAGUAAGACACUGCAUCGCACUACUGCUCUUUAGUGAGAAUGGUGCAUGCAUGCAUGUUACUGAGCUGGGAAACAAAAUGAUUCCAGCUGAUCCUAGCCACGUUGAGGCAGCUCUCCAAGAUUAUCUGAAGCUCACCUUCCCCGAUUUAGCCCUCAAGGGACAGCUGAAGGCAAAUGACAAUAGCAUGAUCGUGCAAGGAGUCAUACCUGCAGGCAAUGUGAAGAUCUGCAUAGCGAAACAACAGACCCUGAAUGACAUCUUGCAGACGAACACCACCAACAGUGACUGUGAAAGGUUUCAAGAAGUGAUCAGAAUAGUGGUUCUGUGUGCAGAUAGGGAGUCCAUUGCCAAGCUGCAAAUGUCCAGUGCCUAUGGAGUGCCUCCUUUGUACAUGUUGGAAGAUGGGAACCCACUCUUGGCUUUCCUGCAGGAAAAGAGAAAUAAGCUCACCCUAUCCAAUAUGUUAGGCAUUUUAAAGGACAUUGCCAGAGCUGUCUGGUCCUGUCACCAGAAAAGGGUAUUACUUUGCGACGUCACACCAGCCAGCUUCAUCGUGUUCACAGGUGGUGGACAAGGAACAAGAGCUCUUCAGAUUCGGGCUAAGCUGUCUAAUUUCCUCCAGGCCAGGCUGGCUCCUUCAGAGGAUGAGAAAGAUUAUUCUGCUAGUGAUUUUCCUUAUGAAAACAUCAAAUACUCACAGGUCACAGGGGACAGUAAGGAACCACUGUCCAUAUACUUCAGUGCUCCUGAGUCCCUGAAGUAUCAUAUCUUCUCUGCUUUCUCUGACGCAUGGGCCAUUGCUGCGACAUUUUACUCCAUUCUCCUGUAUGGUGGGCAGACAUACUUUGAACUCAGGCACUUGCCUGUGUCCAGGUUCAUAGAAGAGAUGUGCAGUGGGCACAGAGCACAAAGACCAGACUCAAUUCCCCUGAAGCUGUGGGACAUGAUAGCCCCUAACUUGGAGCAUAAUGAGACAGAGCGUACAUCCAUGGAGGCAUUGGUAGAGCACUUGAAAAACUACCGUAGUACCCUGGGGUCGGGUCUGGACAAGCGGCAUGAGAUAACGAGUCAGUUCUCUCCCAUCUGCGAGGAAGAUAUCAUAAGGGGCUACGUUGACAGCAAAGGCAACUUCAAAGAGAGUGAUCCACCAAAUGUAUUUCCAGGCACGUGCGAAGACAGUGUUGAGUGGAAGAUCUCCCAGCCUCUCGGUGGCCACAGGACGUCCCUAAUGCAGGUUGCUGCAAGUCCUAGCAUGGACGAUGGCAAGCUUCUCGCUUGCCUGGAGCAGGUUGCUUCUGCCAUGGCAUAUCUUCAUUCCAGAAGGAUCAUACACUGCGACCUGCAGUGCAAUUACAUUUACAUUGAUUCUGGUUACGAUUGCCCAGAGGUGAUGGCAAAAGUUGGUCGGUGGGGAAGAGCAGUCUGUCUGCCACAUCCAGGGACAGAUGACAACCUCUUUGAGCCCUGUGUGCGCAAAGUUAUGCCAGCUGAUGCAGCCAAGUGGGCUGCGCCAGAGGUGAGAAAUGACGGGCUCUAUUCCCGAGCGUCAGAUGUCUUUAGUUUUGGGAUUGUGAUAUGGGAAGCUUUAACGGCACAGUUGACCAAUCUGCACGUGUUCCAGCCACUGAAACCUUUCCACUCACUGAACAGCAGGGAGGUUCUAAAAUUCACGGAGUUGGGAAAUAUCCCUGGUGAUUUUGGCUUUCCAAAGCUCGCCGGACUGAUUGGGUGCAUGAAGGCCUGUUGGAAUCACAAUCCCACCAAGCGACCUGGGUGCAUUCUCGGCCAUAUUAGAGGUGAUCAAAGCAGAAAAACAAGCAGUCAGGGACUGCAAGGCUGCCAGGCUCGCACCAAUGCCUCCUACUGCUGACACCAACGACUACGACUCUGCUUACUUCAGCAGUGAAGCCACAGAGGACUCCUACAGCCAUGUUUACAACACCGUUUCAGAGUCUGACCCUGAUCUCCCGCAGGCCGCAGACAGCAUAUCAGGCCAUGGUGAUGUCCCCCAGGUCCAGCUGUUAGCAGAGAAGGCUCUUUAUUUCUCCAGGAAGGACAGAUGGGGAGAGAUGGUUAAUGAGUUUGAGGCAAAAAGAGUUAUAGAUAGGAGCCCAGCCACUCUCAAGGAGCCUGACCGGUAUAUUGAUACUGGCAUUAACUGGCAUUUAAAAAAAAAAAAAAAAAAAAAAGCGAGGGGGGGAGGGGGGAAGUAAGGAGCUGGGCUUCUGCAAAUCCCUGACUGGUGGCAGCAGAAAAUCCCAGCACAGCCAGCACCAGCCAGUGGAGAGCCCUAGGAUCUCAUAACACUCAGGGCAACCUGAUGACCUCACCCAGUCACUGGUGGGACCAAAGAGUAAAAGGACAUCCUCUCUCCCACCGCCUCCAUCCUGAUCAGAAAUUAUUAACAAGCUAGCCAAGCAGCAGGAGUUGUUCAUUUCUCAUAACAGCAUAGUAUCGGUUAACAUAGAGGGCCCUGCCCAAGUUUCCUUGCCACAGUGUCACUUGCCAGCCUUUCAAUGGGCUGCUUAAUAACAACACUGCUUCCAAACACUUUUCCACACUAUUUCGCACCUGGUAAGGAGAAUGUGUCUCUGGUAGACAGGAACCCAGCCCACCCAGGAACCUCCGUAAACUAUCUCAGUGACUGUGCCGCAAGGACCUCUCUUCUGCUAGACUCUCAGUUCACCUUUAAAAAGCACUUUCAAUGUUAACAUGUGAGUUCAUGGCCUUUGGGAAUAAAACUGUCCUUUUGUUUACUGAA